UUCCUGUUCCGCCGUCCAAGAUGUCGGCUGCGCUCCAUGUCCUCAGUACCUUCGAGGAGAUUUGAAACUGAUUUCACUUGUCUUUAGGCGCACAAUCGAAACAAAAAAUUGAAUGUUAAACUACUAGAGACUUUAAAGACGCUAAAUUCUAGGCUGCUAUCAUGUCAGAGACCGCACAGACUCUUUCGUCCCCUGACAACUUGCUUCAGUCGGAUCUACUUCUUCGUGUCCUGGGUGGAGACGCUAUGCAAAUUCUUCGUUGUGGCAUCUGCAUGGAAUUUUUCGACAUCCCUAUUGUUUUGCCUUGUGGACAUACGUUUUGCCUUCACUGCCUCACAGAAAUGUGCCGUCACGCAAGCCGCAACUGUGUCCUGAGUCCGCUCAAAGACCUCCGGAUCGGCUGCCCCAACUGCAGGGUUCUCAUCUACGCCUCUCCCAUCCUGGAGCGGAACGUGACGUGUAACUUCAUCAUCCAGUCCUUGCUCGAGUGUCUUCGUGUCAGGAAAUACGGCACACCGGUAACCCAAGGCGUGAACACAGAGGAGGUACGGCUAUCUGGGAAAAAGCGCGCCCUUACAGACCUGGAACUGUCGAGGGUCACAAGUGACGUAGACCGCCUUUUGACGUCACUAAGUCGCAACUCCGUGCUUGACAACGCGUGCCUGGAGGUGGAGGAGAUUCGGCGGCAACAUCUGACUCAGUUACAGCGUGAGACGCAGAGAGGGGCGGACCUAGCUUCUGUCAGAAAAAGAGCGCAUCAAGGGAUCAACAGGCCACAAGGACCAGCUCAGAAUAUCCAGUUAUUGCAGCAGCAGCAACAACAACAUCAACUACUACUACAGCAACAACAACAGUUUCUACAGCAUCUCCAGCCAAACCCGUUUGGAUUUCUGGGUCUAGACGCUCUCAGUAGCCCCCUCCUAACACUGACCACGCCCCCUGGCUUCUCCCAAGCCCCGCCCUUCACGUCACAAGAAGUCCCUCAAGCUUCGCAGCAAAACCAUCCUCUUUUCCAGCAACACCACAGCAACCAGCAGCAACAAUGUUAUCAAGCGUCUGUAGCAGCAGCAGCAGCAGCAGCACACCAUCAGCAGCUGCAGCAGCAACAACAGCAAAAUCAACAACAACAUAACCAUCCUUUUCACCACCACCAUCAUCAUCAUCAUCAUCACCACCAACAGCAACAGCAGCAGCAGCACCAACAGCAUAAUAUACAGCAGACGCUGAUAGGGCCGAAAACAUCAAACACCGUCACCGUUUUGCCCUUAAACAGACUCCUGGAAGUGUCUGGUGGCGGCAGUGGUCAGUCCAUGAACGGAAACGGUGACCAGAGACUGGACAAUGAUCCGGCGGUCAUGUCGUAUUCCGUGAAGGCUCCGGCAUCCGGCCAAACAUCUGAUGUCAAGUCCAGCUAAUGGCAUUAGACAACGGCUUUUGUGUGACCCCCUCGACAUGUCCAUGUGACAACUAAUUGUUUGGGUUUUUUUUCUUAAUUUUUUACUAGGGUGGGGGGUAAUCUAUUUCUUU